AUGUCCUGGUUCUGCUUCUGCUUCUACGCUCUACACUUCAGACAGCUCACAAAAGUGCUUGGUAUACAGACACAGACACAACCGACGCCUCCUGGCGAACCCGCCGAGCCGAAGAAAGUCUCGUCCAAGGUGACCAAGGCGCAACGGAGGGCGCAACAAGCCGAAUUCAACCGGCAACUCUGGGCCGAAGCUGAAGGCCCCCAGGAGACCAACUAUUUCCUCGAAUCGCGCAAUGUCGUCCCUCUCCGCUCCGAAUUCAAGCCUCCGCCGAUCCUGCUUUCGAGGAAAGGCCCCAUCACGCACUCUUCCAAACCGCCCAGCCGUGGCCUCGGAGCGCUGAACCUCAACAAAGACACGAACGACGAGUCUUCCGAAGACGAAGAAGAGGCCGACGCCAGGGAACUCUCGCUUGCAGAGCGCCAGGCCCGAGCUGCCAGGGAGCGAGAGGAGAAACAGCGGCGAUAUGAAGAGCGGCGGCAGGAAUUGUUCGGCCCGGCAAACGGUACACAGGCCGCCUCACAGCAACAACCGCCGUCGAACAACAUGUCCGGUACAUCGACCCCCUCGAGCAUGACUCCGCCGGCGUCACGAUCUGCCACGCCGAACCGUGGACGAGGACGGGGAGGCCGACGCGGAGGAGGCGGAGGUGGAGGAGGAGGGCCGACGACGGUUCCAAGAACACAUUCGAGAGGAUCGCAGCCCCGCGAACUGUUCGAUCCCUCCUACGUGGCGAGGCCGGACUCAAGCUACGUACAGCGCCGCGAGAAUGGAAUGCCCAGCCCCAGCGUCCGGCCCACUGAUAUACAACCCAUUCGACCGCCGAGAGGUCCAGAUGCGUCCGGACGAGCAGGCUUCGGAUUUGCAAACUCGCGCAUCGGGCAAAUCGGCGGUCAUGCUCACGGCCCAUGA